AUAAAAGAUGCCUAAAUUAAGAAAAAGGAAAGAAAAGAAAAUGAAAAAUCAAAACUUUUUAAGAAAAAUAUUAGAAUUAAAGAAUGAACUUUUUGGUCAGUUUUCUACUACUAUUACCAAAGAGUCACGAAAAACAGCAUGGAUACAUGUAAAUGAUUAUGCUGUUUCAACAGGUCUAAUAGGAAGCGACAAAGAGUUUUGUUAUGUACGCGACGCAACUUGGCCUAAGACAAAAAUUGACCAACUAAAUAAAACUGGCGCACAAGGAGGUCCCCAAUCAAAAUUAGAUGACACUGAUAAACUAGUGAUAGAAAUAAUUGGAAAGGAAUUGGCGUACCCGAUUCAGUGGAAACUGCUUCCGAAGUUAAAAACAUUACCGAGGACUUUAGUUAUUCUAAGCCCAACAAAAACGAUGAUAAUGUCACCACAAAAAGCAAGUGCUCGCUUCAACAAGGUUCAUGUAGAGGUAAGAAAAGAGUUAUCUUUCAGCAACCAGAUGAUGCUAAGAACAUUUGAACUCUUAAAAUAAAGAAACUUCAGCUUAAGUUUAGAAGUAGGAACUGGAAGUUUGGGAAAAAGAAUGCUCACU